AAAUAGCAGGUAACAGCCCUACUCAAUAACGAUUUUAUUUGGCCAUUUUAUUUCGUGACAGUUCGUGCUAAUGCCUCCGAAAUAAAAUGCCAAUAAAAUGAACAAGCGACACGUUCGGCACGCACAUAGCGGCGCUUGAAAUCUGCUAAGCGAGGCGCAGGCGUUUGGACUGUGCUCACCGGCGCAUGCGUCGUUGAAACACGUUCACGCCACCAUGGCAGAUAGUUCCCCGCACGCCAUAACGUCUCUUGAAGCACUCGCUGUCAUCCUACUGGCCGAUGCAGAGACACCGGAUGACCAACUAUUUGCAGCCACAAUUUCACUGCAAGCACUCGAUGCGAAACAACGAGGCGCUAAGUAUGGACCACGCGGGCCAUAUGACCAACAGAAAGCAGAACAAUUCUUCGAACACCUCCUUCACAUAUCUUCGGCGAGGAUUUUCAAGACUUGGUUCCGGUCCCUGUGGCGUUCGAUGAACGUUCACACGAGAAAGAAUGGCUCAAAAAAGAAGGAAUUCCAGGGAAUCUGUUAAACUACAUGUAUUUCGAGAGUAUUUCAACGAAUCUGUUAAAUUACAUGUAUUUCGAGAGUAUUUCAAUGAAUCUCGUUAUAUUCCUCAAACAA